AUGACUGACAAGGGGAAGAUUCAUUUGAAUGUGGUCAUUAUUGGCCAUGUGGACUCUGGGAAGUCCACCACCACUGGUCACCUCAUCUACAAGUGUGGGGGCUUUGACCAAAGAUCUCUGGAGAAACUGGAGGCUGCAGCUGGUCAGAUUGGUAAGGGCUCGUUCAAGUUCGCAUGGAUCUUGGACAAGUUGAAGGCUGAGAGGGAGCGAGGCAUAACAAUUGAUAUUUCCCUGUGGAAGUUCCAAACCAACAGGUUCACCAUUACUAUAAUUGAUGCCCCAGGACACAGAGACUUCAUCAAGAACAUGAUCACUGGCACAUCCCAGGCUGAUGUGGCUCUUCUAGUGGUCUCUGCAGCCACAGGGGAGUUUGAAGCUGGGGUGUCCAGAAAUGGUCAAACCAGGGAACAUGCUCUUCUGGCCUACACCAUGGGUGUCAAACAACUUGUUGUAUGCGUGAACAAGAUGGACCUGACAGAGCCUCCGUACAGUGAGAAGAGAUUUGAUGAAGUGGUAAAGAAUGUGACGCUGUACCUAAAGAAGAUUGGAUACAACCCAAAUUCUAUCCCAUUUGUACCUGUGUCGGGGUGGACCGGAGAGAACAUAUCUUCUCCAAGCCAGAAGAUGGGUUGGUUUAAAGGAUGGAAAGUGAAACGAAAAGAUGGCUUUACUAAAGGACAAUCUCUGCUGGAAGUCAUGGAUAACCUCAUACCUCCCGUCCGACCAGCCAACAAGCCAUUACGACUGCCACUGCAAGAUGUAUAUAAGAUAGGUGGCAUUGGCACAGUGCCAGUGGGUAAAGUAGAAACUGGGAUCCUUAAACCGGGUAUGACCAUCUGCUUUGCACCAUCAAACUUUACUGCAGAAGUAAAGUCUAUAGAGAUGCAUCAUGAGCCUCUCCAGACUGCGUUUCCAGGCUAUAACAUAGGAUUUAAUGUCAAAAACAUCGCUGUGAAAAGUCUGAAACGGGGAAAUGUUGCUGGAAACUCAAAGAGCGAUCCACCCACUGAGGCCACAAGCUUCACUGCCCAGGUAAUCAUUCUGAACCAUCCUGGAUUCAUAAAAGCGGGCUACUCCCCAGUCAUAGACUGCCAUACCGCCCACAUCACCUGCCAGUUCUCAGAGCUUCAGGAGAAGAUUGAUCGGAGGUCUGGCAAAAAACUGGAGGACAGUCCUUAUCAGCUGAAGUCUGGAGAUGCAGCAAUUGUGACCCUUAAGCCCAUUAAACCCUUCUGCGUGGAGAGGUUCUUCGACUAUCCCCCUUUAGGACGCUUUGCUGCCCGGGAUUUGAAGCAAACUGUUGCUGUAGGUGUGGUUAAAUCGGUGGAAAGAAAAAUAAGCAACUUGGCCAGGAAACAAGCCCAGAAGCCAAUCCUGGUGACAUGA